UACCCAUCUACUAUUCUCUCUCUAGUUUCUCUCUCUCUCUCUCUCUCCGCGCAGUUAGAGUAUGGCAUAUAUAUCUUCUCUGAGUGUUCCUCGUGUAUAUGUCUCUUCAAAAGAACUCCAACCCAGAAUUCCUCCCACUCCCGAACUUCCAGGAAUCAAAAGCCUAAAUUCUCGCGAUGCUUUAAUGCUAAAAUCUUGCGUUUUGUUUGGAUUUUGGACUAUUUACACCAACAUCAAUGGAGGCUAAGCCAAUACCAAAUCUCUUCAUCAUUAUCAUCUUGGCGUUGACUUUCACGGUGACAAGCACAUACUCUCUACCUUUUGUCGUCUUCCAUGGUAAAGUUCAAAGCAUUGUAGUAUACUAGUAUCUUUUUGGUUAUGACUGUCGUAAGCUGUAGAUUUUUUUUGUCCUUUAUUAGUUCCCACUAAAAAAACAGUGAAAAGUGAAACCUUAUAUAACUAACGAAAAAUGAAUGCUGGUUUAAUAAGAAAAUUACUUGAUAUAUGUGCCGAACCUGUUGGGUUUGUGAAAUGUGCCGAAUCUGUUGGGUUUGUGAAGCCUAAUUUGGGGUUUCAGUUUGCCACUUCGCUGACUAUUACACUUUUUCUUUCAUUCGAUAAAUAGUGAAAGCUGGUGUGAAAGGCAGAUAUGCUCAGCAAGAAAAAUAGGGAACUAUAUAUUUUUUUGUGUCUCUUCUGUUUGCGUUUUUUACUUGAUCGCAUUGUGUGUGUUGUGGGAUGGCCGAUUUCCCAACAGAAUCAAUAUAAGCCAUUUGAUACAAAAAAGUUGGAAUACAAAGUUUGUUGUUUGUAAUUUUGUCAUGAAAUGGUUAUCAUAUGGCUGUGACAUGUUGGCGGCGGUUGUCUUACUUUGUUGACUGUGGUGAUAGUGAUGGUUAUGGAUCUGUAGUGAAGGUGGAAGGGUGGUGGUGUAGUAGGUAUGUUGGAAAUGUAAUACUGGUUAUGUUAAAUGUGGGUGUUUUUUAGGGAUUGCAGAUAAAUGCAGUGGUACAGAAGUCACACGUUUCACCGAGCUUCUGAGCAAUUGGUCAGGCGCUGAAGGAUAUUGCAUAGAAAUUGGAAACGGAGUACGGGAUUCUUGGUUUAUGCCCCUUAUGAAACAGACAACAAUUGCUUGUGAGAAGGUGAAGAACAUGAGUGAACUCAGCGAAGGUUACAACAUAGUGGGACUUUCUCAGGGAAAUAUGGUUGGCCGAGGGGUUGUCGAGUUUUGUGAUGGAGCACCUCAAGUGAAGAAUUUCAUAUCACUAGCAGGUCCUCAUGCUGGUAUAGCUUCUCUUCCGUUUUGUGGAUCUGGUGUGCUGUGCAUUCUCGUGGACUAUUUAGUCAAGUUGGCAGUUUACGACAGCUAUGUCCAGGAACACUUGGCACCUGCUAAUUAUCUCAAGGUUCCAACUGUGAGUGAAUUACUUUACGAUAUUGAUGGCUAUAUGAAAGGAUGUAAGUUUCUCCCAGAGCUUAAUAAUGAACAUGUGAAUCAUACAAACACUACUUACAAAGAACGGUUUGCGAGUUUGGAGAAUUUGGUGCUUAUAAUGUUUGAGCAGGACAAGGUUUUGGUGCCAAAGGAAACGUCCUUGUUUGGUUAUUAUCCAGAUGGAACCUGGAGCACAGUUUUGCCUGCUCAAGAGACAAAGCUCUACACAGAAGAUUGGAUCGGUUUGAAAACCCUGGAUGAAGCUGGCAAGGUGAAGUUCAUAAACGUGUCAGGGGGUCAUCUUCACAUCUCGACAAGUGACAUGCUGAAAUAUAUAGUACCUUACUUGGAGGACGAUGAAUCAUCCAUACAACAGCCGGUAACGAAAUCAUAUCACUCUUGGUUGUCAUCUAUCUGGAAUUUCAUCAAGGAACUGGUUGGAUUCACUGAGGACAGAAUUCUUCUAUACACUUCAUAUUAAUGUCAAGUGCCCUUCAUUUCCACGUGAUCUGGAAAGGAAUAGAACAAUCGGACAAUUUUUUGGUUCAUCUCAUAGUAUUAUUCAUUGUUGUACCAUCCUUUGAAGGAACUCAUUUUACGAUUAGACAGUAAUGGGAAUUCAUGAAUUCUGGGA